GCGGCGGGCGGCCUGCCCCGCCCCGCCGGUCCCCGGGGUUCCCGCCGCUAUGGCAACGCCACGCCGCCAAGCUGGGGCCCAGCGGCUGCGGUGCCCCGGGACAGCGGCAGCGGCACAGCGUUGGACUCUGACGCCUGAGGCCGCGCUGGUUCCGGAGAAGCUGCCCGGCCCAGAGCCGCCGCCAGCGGAGCCGGUCCGGCUGUGCAGUAGGGAAAGAAGAUGACUUCUGCUGAGAAACUGCCAUCAAGUCUGAACACCGAGCAAAACCAAUCUCCUCAUCUGCCCCCCUGUGCAAAUCCUGGCAAUCCGGUCUUUUCCUGCAUGCUGGACCCCAAAACACUGAUAACUGAUGCUUCUUGGACAAAGCCUCAGGUUUUACUAUUUAAAACAACUUCAAGUGAAUAUGGUUCUAUACCACCUAUCUUACAGAUGGUACCCUGCAGGUAUUACCCAGCAGAUAAUGCCUUUUCAAAACACACACUCACUUGUGGGUUAUAUCAGCAGAGUUGUUUAAACACUGCCAUUGACAGAAGCAGAGUGCAUGACAACCCCAAUUUACAGAACACUCUAUAAAAAUGUGUCUCCAUCUGUUUGUCACAGGCCUAGAUUAGACACUUAGCUUUAAGAAAACAAAUCUGAUUUCCUUCAGUCAUUGUAGAAAUACUGUCAAUAUCUGAUUUAUUUUUGUUCUGCUGGUUUGAGUAAGAUAUAUCAAAAAGGAUGUAACAUGUUUGAUGAUACAAUUUUCUCAGUCAGACCAAAGCCCAUAAAAAUAAAACCUUUGAAACUGGUAUCAUAAAUGUGGAAUUCUUAAUUUUACAGAAAGAGUUAAGUGCAAGAGACAUUGGCCUGAAGGUUUAUUUGUUUUAAUGAAGGUAUUUUCUGCUUUUAAAACUUAGGGUCAGUGUCCAUAUUUCUAUAUCUCUGGACACUAAUAUCAACCUAAUGCAUAUGACUUCAGUGUGGUGUACACACUGUCAGCUCAGGUAUUGGAAGUCAGAAGUUUAAAAUCCAUUUGUUUCCAAUAUAAUCAGAUUAAACAGGCAGAUGUUGUUCAUGCCAUCAAGCACAUAUGCCUCCCUAGACUUUAAAGAGGACACUAUUUCUAUUUCAUAGCAGUAGAAAAAGGUGCUUGUCUACAGCCUUGUGGAGCUGCAACAAAGCACUACAACACAAAUAGCCUGUACAGAUGUGUACAGAUUGCUCUGAUAGUCUCUGGAACCAAACCAGAAAAUCAGGAAUAUAUAACACACAACUGUACCAAAUUUUGGUGGUGAACAGAAAGAUAAGAA